CCUCCGCUUCAAGAGGAAGCCAACGCCGAACAAAGAAGAAGAAAAAAACACAAACCCCUAAUUUUUGUGUCUGUUGUUGUUUACUCUUUUUCCUUCAAACUCCUGAAAAAAGCUUUCGUAAAUCCUUCGGCCAUGGCGCACGGAGGUUAUUCCAAGAGAAGGGUCUCGGAACCGGCGGGAAGCAGCAGCAGCCGGAGGUCGAAAGCAUUACGCGUGGAGAAGAAACCUAAGAUUGUCUCACUCAAGAAUCAGAUGCGUUCCGUCGAACGAUUUCUUCGUAAAGAUUUGCCUGCUGAAGUAAAAGAGACUCUAAAACAGAAGUUGGAGUAUCUGAAGAAGCAGCAAGACGACCAUACACGUAUUGCUGUAGAGAAGAAGAUUUUCCUCAGGAACAGAAAGAUUAAGUUUUUUGAGCGGAGAAAGAUCGAAAGGAGCAUUAGGCGUCUUGAGAAGCUGCAACGUACUUCAUCUGCUCAUGUGGGAGAUGCAGAGAUUGCUGAGCAACUCACUAAACUCAAAGAAGACCUUGAAUACGUUAGGUUCUUCCCCAAAAAUGAGAAGUAUGUAUCCCUAUUUACUGGAGCCGAGGAGACAGAAGUGGUUGAGAGAAGAAGUAAAAUGCGGAAACAGAUCAAAGCCAAUAUUAUUGUUGCUGCUGCUAGUGGGAAAGAGCUAGAAGAGACAGGGAGUGAAGAUGAUGGUCUUCUGGACCUUAGUGAUGAUGAUUUCUUCGAUAAAGGGAGCUCAAGCGAUGAAGCAGACGCAGAUGAUGAAUUGACCGAUAAAAGCGCAAAGGAGGCUGCUUCUAGUGCUUCUGGUAGAGCAACAUCUGGCAUGUCUAGUGACGAAAGGAACCAGAAGCAAAACUCUGCUAGGGCUUUAAUGCCACCACCACAAGCAAGGUUUGGUGGAUCAAACUCUAGGAAGAAUUCGUAUGUGCAGAGGAAUGAGAUGCCAUCAUCCUCAAGAAACACUUCAAACAGAAGAAACGAGUCUACUUCAUUUAAUGCCAGAGCUGCUGCCGCAACUUCAUAUAGCAGUCAUAGUAGCAACUUGAGCUCCAAUUCUGAUGCUCAUAAACCUAAAAGGAAGAGACGACCUAAGAAGAAGAAGCAACAGUUGAGGUACUUGAAAGUAAAAACUGUUGAGCGAAUUCUCGUCGUUGAGACAAAAGCAGCGUGGCUUUUGUAUGCCAUUUUGAUCUCUCUGACGUUUUUGGGUUUUGUUCUUAAUCAUCGAGUUGUCGCUGAAGGUGUUAAGCCUGAUGAAGCUAAACAGCUUAGAGACGAGGUACGCGAGAUGUUCUAUCAUGCUUUUGAUGGAUAUAUGAACAAUGCGUUCCCACUCGAUGAGUUGAAACCGAUGUCCUGCCAAGGAGAAGAUACUCUUGGAGGCUAUGCGUUGACUCUGAUUGACUCGUUGGAUACAUUAGCUUUACUUGGUGACAAAGAGCGCUUCACUUCUUCUGUUGAAUGGAUUGGUAAAAACCUUCAGUUUAAUAUAAACAAGACUGUCUCUCUUUUCGAAACAACUAUCCGAGUCCUUGGGGGUUUACUUUCUGCUCAUCUGAUUGCAAGUGAUUAUGCAACGGGCAUGAGAAUUCCAUCGUAUGACAAUGAGUUACUAGUCUUGGCUGAGGAUUUGACUCGGAGAAUGCUUCCUGCAUUUGAUACACCGACUGGAAUCCCAUAUGGAUCUGUGAAUUUGAUGUACGGUAUAACAUCAACUGCGGGUGGUGGUACUUUGACUUUAGAGUUUGGCGUGCUUAGUCGGUUAACAAAUGAUCCUGUUUUCGAACAAGUUGCAAAGAACGCAGUGAGGGGACUAUGGGCACGUCGCUCAAGUCUCGACUUGGUUGGUGCUCACAUCAAUGUCUUUACAGGUGAAUGGACACAGAAGGAUGCUGGUAUAGGAACAAGCAUUGAUUCCUUCUAUGAGUAUCUCCUCAAGGCUUAUAUACUAUUUGGCGAUGAGGAAUAUUUAUACAUUUUUCAAGAAGCUUACGGUUCUGCAAUGCGGUACCUGCACAAGGAUCCUUGGUAUGUAGAGGUCAAUAUGGAUUCUGGAGCUAUUGUCUGGCCAGUUUUCAACAGCCUUCAAGCUUUCUGGCCAGGACUUCAGGUUUUAGCUGGAGAUGUUGAUCCGGCGAUUAGAACUCACACCGCCUUCUUUAGCGUCUGGAAACGAUAUGGUUUCACUCCUGAAGGUUUUAAUCUUGCUACACUUAGUGUUCAGUAUGGUCAAAAGAGUUAUCCACUGAGGCCGGAACUAAUCGAAAGCACAUAUUGGCUAUACAAAGCUACAAGAGAUCCUAGGUAUCUUGAUGCAGGACGUGACUUUGUGGCUAGUUUGCAAUACGGUGCAAAAUGUCCUUGUGGUUAUUGUCACAUCACAGAUGUAGAACUUCAUAAACAAAUAGAUCACAUGGAGAGCUUCUUCCUCGCUGAAACCGUUAAAUACUUAUGGCUACUCUUUGAUUUAGCUGUUGACUCAGAUAACCUCGUCGACAAUGGCCCUUACAAGUACAUCUUUAGCACUGAAGGUCAUCUAUUACCAUUAAUACCGCAAAUAUCUCUAGCUCGAGAGCAUUGCUCUUACUUUGGCGGAUAUUGUCCACGCAAUGCCACGAAGACUGAGCAAGAAGAAGAUGAUCUAGUCCCUGGAAUCGAGCUUGGGACUCACAGUAACAUUUAUCCUUACCACGAGUCUUUUCCAGUUACCGGUUUGAUUAAGGGUUUAUGUCCAGGACUAACUCAUGCUCAGAAAUACGGUUUGUCUUACGUUUUACCACCGGAGAAGACAGAACGUGAAGAUGUUAACCGAGCUAAACCGAUAAUCACAAGCCGGUCGAUUGUGUUGAUUCCGGAUCAAAAGAGAUCACAGGUUAAUGAUGAAGAAGAAGGGUUUACUUCUCAGUCUGAACCAAUUGUGAGUAUCUCUGGUGGUAGUAGCAGCGACCAAACUGGUCAAGAGCUAACUUUGUUAGAGUCAGAAACUGAUGAGCAAAAAGAUUAUACUAUUCUUAACUUUCUCUGAUUUAUAGUUGUUCCAAAACAAAAACAAAAACGAAAAGAUUAUAAUUUUCCUUUUUUAGAUAUAUAGAAUAUCAUCAAGAGUCUCAAAUCGAUCUUUGCCUUGAAUCCACAGAUCUGUUGUGGAGUUUACAGUAAAGUUUGAUAUCAUCUUGCACCAAAAA